AUGUUUUCAGCCACUCCUCCGGCUACCGGUGAAGCUGCGGGUUUUGGUCAUCUUCCAAUUCCUCGGGUCACGAGGUCGGCCAACCGACAGUCAGAAUCUGGCUCUAGGGAUAACCUGAGUGUAGUACUGGUGAACGAAGCCUUCAUCCGUGCCCAACACGAGAUGGAUGAUCUCCGAGGCCAACUAGACGCCCAGGGCCGAGAAACGGAGAAAUACAAACACCUCCUCCGAGAGAAAGAGGAAGAGUUGAGCCAGGUCACCAUUCUCGCCAACCUUCGUCCCGAACUCGAUGCGGCUAAGGACGAAAGUCGUCGUUUAAAAAAUGAGUUGGCCGCCAUGACUGAUUAUAACCGAAGCCUCGAGGCUGAUAAGAUUUGCCUCAGCCGAGACAAAGCUCAGUUUUCGUCAAGGCUGGACGAGUUGGAGACCACUGUCUCUCAACUCCGAGGGGAACUUGACUUGGUGAAAGCCGAUGCGACUAUCUUGGCCGAGAGGAAUCGGCAACUGGAAUCUGAUACAGCCUUGUACGAAAAGCACAUGAAAGUUUCCGAAGAGAAGGCCGAGGAGCGGUCUCGGAUGAGUGAGGGUUUAAAAGCCGAGCUGGAGGAGGCGGUUGAGGCCGACUUGGAAGAAGCCUGGAAAGGCGUUGAGACGGCCGAGGCCCAUACUGCCAUUGUUGCCGAGUAUGAGAAGUGGAAGUCUCGGCGGCUCACCCUUGAAGAAGCCGAUCGCGGAUUAUCCGAUCUUCCGGCCCUGAUUACCCAGGCCAAGGAGAUGGAGGAGGAGGCCAACCGUGCCCUUGGGUCCGACUCGGAUGACUCCGAACGAACCGAGUCCGAUUAUUCUGACUCUAGCCGUGCUGAGUAG